AUGCUCGGUCGCGUUCUGAAAAGCGCUGCGCGCAGCCAAAGGGGCUUGCGGUCGUUCGCUACCACGACAAAUUUAGGCCCCUUCACUGAAAUUUCUACGCUUUCGAAUGGCCUAACUGUCGCGACAGAAUCUCAACCUCAUGCUCAAACUGCUACAGUCGGCGUCUGGAUAGAUGCUGGGUCCCGAGCAGAAACUGACAAGACCAACGGCACCGCUCAUUUCCUCGAGCAUAUGGCUUUCAAGGGCACUGGUCGUCGGUCGCAGCACGCUUUGGAACUUGAAGUGGAAAAUAUUGGCGCACAUCUGAAUGCUUACACCUCUAGAGAGCAGACCGUCUACUAUGCCAAAAGCUUCAGCAAAGACGUUCCUGUUGCCGUCGACAUCAUCAGUGAUAUUUUACAAAACUCCAAGCUAGAGUCUGGGGCAAUUGAGCGAGAACGAGAUGUAAUCCUGCGGGAGCAGCAGGAAGUCGACAAACAACUAGAGGAGGUUGUAUUCGACCACCUUCACGCGGUUGCUUUCCAGGGUCAGCCGUUGGGUCGCACUAUCCUAGGGCCAAAGAAUAACAUUCUCUCCAUACAACGCGACGACCUUGCUUCCUACAUUCAAACCAAUUAUACUGCUGACCGUAUGGUGCUCGUUGGGACUGGUGGUGUUGACCAUCAGUCUCUGGUCAAGCUCGCUGAGAAGCACUUUUCGUCUCUUCCUGUUUCUGCCAAUCCCCUUGCUCUCGGACGUCUAUCAUCAGAGCGCAAACCAACCUUCGUAGGCUCAGAGGCUCGUAUCCGUGACGACGAAUUACCCACUGCUCACGUUGCCAUUGCCGUGGAAGGUGUUGGUUGGUCCUCGCCCGACUACUUCCCAAUGAUGGUUAUGCAAUCCAUUUUUGGCAACUGGGACCGUUCUCUAGGAGCAUCAUCUUUGCUUUCCUCUCGUCUGUCUCACAUCAUUUCCUCCAAUAGUCUUGCCAACUCAUUCAUGUCCUUCUCAACCUCCUACUCGGACACCGGACUUUGGGGUAUUUAUCUUGUUUCCGAAAACCUGAUGAACCUGGACGACACGCUGCACUUUACGCUCAAAGAAUGGACGAGGAUGAGCAUUGCCCCUACCGAGGGUGAAGUUGAGCGUGCCAAGAGCCAACUCAAGGCAGGUCUUUUGCUAAGCCUCGAUGGAACCACGGCUGUUGCCGAAGAUAUUGGACGACAAAUUGUUACCAGUGGCAAACGGAUGACACCUGCUCAAAUUGAGAAUGCAGUAGAUGCUGUCUCUGUUGAUGAUAUUAAGCGUGUCGCACAGAAAUACCUUUGGGACAAGGACUUUGCUCUUGCUGCUUUUGGAAACAUCGACGGAUUGAAAGAUUAUGGACGUAUUCGUAAUGAUAUGUCCUCGAUGUUGUACUAG